UACGAAGUACGACUUGCCGCUUCUCUUCACUGCUCUGCUCUUCACUCGUGUCGUGGCGCCGACGAGGUGCACGCGGACUGUUCCUGUUCCAUCGGUGAGUGCCGGCAGGUGGUGGGUGUGUACGGAACGUUUCGGUCUCCCGGUCCAGGCGCGAAGGAAGAAGAAGAAGAAUAAACUCUCGAGUUCUCUCACUGCCGCGAGCACCAGUCAUGGGCGGAUAUGCGUGGGUUACACUGGCUACGAACGAUGCCUAUUCUCUGGGAGCCCUGGUUCUGGCGCAUUCCUUACGCCGGGUCGGCACUAAGCACGAAUUGGCCUGUCUUGUCACUCCUGGAGUUACGGCGACCAUGAGGGAAAAAUUGGCGGCAGUAUUCUCCUUGGUGCAAGAAGUCAAUGUUCUCGAUUCGAAGGACGAGGCGAACCUGGCCUUACUGGCUCGACCAGAAUUAGGCAUUACUUUUACCAAAUUACACUGUUGGAGGCUAACUCAGUACGAGAAGUGUGUAUUCGUUGAUGCGGACACUCUUGUCGUACGAAACUGCGAUGAGUUAUUCGAGCGAGAAGAACUAUCGGCCGCGCCCGAUGUCGGCUGGCCUGACUGCUUUAAUUCCGGAGUAUUUGUAUUCAGACCGUCUCAACAAACGUUCGCAUCAAUCACCGCAUUCGCCGCUGCUAAGGGCUCGUUUGAUGGCGGUGAUCAAGGCUUAUUGAAUAUGUACUUUAGCGACUGGGCUAGCAAGGAUAUCUCCAAGCAUCUACCGUUCAUCUACAACAUGUGUUCUACCGCGACGUACUCCUAUCUCCCCGCAUUUAAACAAUUUGGCGACGACGUGAGAAUAAUACACUUUAUCGGCAUAACGAAACCGUGGUUACAGUAUUUCGAUACCCUGACCGGCACCGUCCAACCACCACCGGGAUCAACACAUUUGCAACCGCUGUUGCAACUAUGGUGGAAUAUAUUCUGCGAGCGAGUGCAUCCCCAACUGUCAUCCUCCAUGGCCACCAGCACAUUGGCUCCAAUUUGGCACGCAUUUGCUCCCCCGUCCUAUGUACCCCCUUUCCCUGAGAUCUCCGAUUACUCCGACGCAACAAAUAGCAACAGUUCUCGAGUGCCGGAUUUUUCGGAAUUUAAAGAUCCCUGGGAAGAGUACUCUCCGCGGAACGAUCCGUUUCCGACUGAUAAUAGCGCACUGAAUGAUAAGAGCGACAAUUGUUACUGCGGAGUUAAAGAGGCGGAUGCUGUUCGUCAAAGUGACCAUAGUGCAUCCCAACUCGCACACAAUCAGCAAUUUCAUUACGAGCAACAGCAUUCAUCUUACACGCCUAUUCAAACGUAUGAUCAACGUCAAGAACAUGCAACUUCUCAUUUUGAAGAAACUCGUAAUCAAGAGCAUUCUGUACAACACACUGAACAUCAUCAACACUGGCAACAACACAGUGAACAUAAACGUCACGAUGAACAGCAUCAACAUGAACAGUGGACUGAACAGAGACAUCAUCAUGUGCAACAUCAGCAUCACGAGCAUAGGCAUAAUGAGCAGCAGCAUUAUAACGAACAGAAACAACAUAGCGAGCAUCACCAACAGUUCCAUCAACAGUUUCAUCAACAUGAUUAUCACAGAAACAAAGCGGAUGAUCAUCAUCAGAAUCAAUCUACCGAAGCGGGGCACGAGAAUCACGCGCAACACUACUCUAGUGAUAAUAGUCAUCAAAACGCGGACCAUCUGAGUCAUACUGCUUCUCAUAAUGAGCAGUAUACUAGUAAUCAAGAUGCUCGGGAUAACUUUGCAUCUCAUUGUUAUCGAUGCAUUGAAAAGAAUAGCGAGCAGUCGUCGGAAGCUGUGAAUAAGCAAACAGACACACGGAGAAUCGAUUUCCUUCCUCCCUCUCCUGAACCUUGUACAGAUCUCCACAAUGUAGCCACGCGAUCUGACCCGAAUGUAACGGAACAUCUAGACAAUGCAAAUGCUGGUAUCGCCGGUGCCCUGGCUCAGCUGACAUUGGGCGAAGCGAGAAGCGCCGAGCAAGUAGCCUUUGAAGAGCACAUGAGGAAGCAAAGCUGGGAACAAGGACAGAUCGACUACAUGGGUCGCGAUAGUUUUGAUAACAUAUGGAAGAAGAUCUGCGAAACGCUCUCUCUCGCGCCGCAACGAGAGCCAACUCCACCUACAGAGGAUACCGCUACUUUGGAGACUGCUGUACAAGAGACUGCUGCAAAAGAGACUGCUACAAAAGAGACUGCUGAUACACCUAUAGAUGUCAAAGUGGAUAAACCAGCUGUUGAAGUCGACAAGGAUCCAACGCAAUCUCUAAUAUGCGAAGUUCCCAAAGAAGAGAAAUUUUCGGCAGCAAUCCCCGAGCAGAAAGCUCCCGCGUUAUCUUCCGACAAAUCGGCAGAAGCUACUGCAAAAAUAUCCGAGCCGGUACAAUUCGAAGACGUUUGUGCGAAACCGACAACUGAAUUAAAGGAUGUAAAAUCGUGCGAAAUCCGUACUGAAGUGCCUUUACCGCAGCCACCGGCAGAACCGUUGCUCGCAAGAACAACUGCGGAACCGUGUGAGCUCCCAAGCCUGCAAACGCCGCAAGAAGCGGCUCUUCGAAGCGCAAUCCUUCUCCUCGAAACAAAAGAACCGAAGCAACAAACUGAUUCGCAAACAUCCCCCUUGGUCUGCAAAAUGCCUGUGCAAGAAACAACUGCGCCGGUUACGCAAAUUGGUGCCGAGUCAGCGCUUACUGAAGCCAAACCAAAAACUCCAGCUUUCAUUGCUCAAGACGCAACGCAGCCUAUAGCUCUGACUGGCGUAGGCAGUCCGCAGAUUGCUGCAACUUCUCCUGUAGCGAGCCAAGCGCCAGUAGAAGACACCGUGAAGUGCGUAAUCGAAUCUGCGCCUGACGUAACACAGCCUCUCACGAUAGAUCCGGGCGAGCUGCACGCGGAGAUGCUGUUGGCUGCUUCUGAGAUCUCCACUGUGAGUCCUGUGCCUAUUCAGGUGGCAGAAUCGGUUCUUCAGGCUGAACCUAAGGAAUCCGUGUUGGGCGCAGCUGUAACCGUGAGCGAUCAAGCGAUUGCCUCGAUGGUCACGGCUAUGCACAAGUCCAAGGAUAUCGCUUCUGCACCGACCCCGACGGAGCCUGUUCAGUUGAACGGAUCAGCUUGUGAAAUUGAGAGACGCGACAUUUCCGGUCUACCAGAAAAGACUGAUGCUCCUUCUGAGGCGAUCAAGGAAUUCGCGAGCGAUUUGGUUGCGACUAAAGAUCUACCAGCAGAGGCAGCACCUGCUACUGAAGAAAAGAUAUUAACCAGUAGCAGUGUGGGGCCUUUAGAAAAAUCAUCUGUGGAAGAAUUAAUGGAACAGGUUGCAAAAAUAAAACUGGCAGAAGUGAAACCUCCAGAACAGAAGCCGAAAACGGAAGAAAUAAAACCUCCGGAACUGAUUACCAAGACGGAAGCUGUGGAAGAGAAGUCUGCGGAGCAAGCUGCGAAAGCUGAAACAACGGAAGCGAUCGUGAAACAAGCGGAAACAGUCGCACAAGCUGAAAUAACAAAAGUACCGUCUAUUGAACAAACAGAAGCAACGGAAGCAGCAACAGCGAAAUUACCGAAAGUUUUGGCAUCGCCAAUCGCUGAGCAAAGUCCACCGGCAGAAGAACCCAUUGAAGCGAAACCACCAAAUGUUCCAUCGACACCGACGGUGACUGAGGCCUCACCGCCGAUCAGUCCGUCCGUGGAGAGCGCGCAGGAGAUGGAAGACGCCGCGAAGAAGAGCCUGAAGAAGUCCGACUCAGCGGACGGCACCGACGGAGAGGGCGCGGACAAGAAGGCGGCGAAGAGGACGGUGAAGAAGGUGACGAAGAAACCGAAGGCAAAGCCCGAGGAGGCGGCACCCUCAACCGCGACGGAGGGCGCCGCCGCGGACGGCUCGCAGAGCAAGACGAAGAAGACCGUGAAGACAACGAAGAAAAUCGGCGCAAAGACCCUGGAGACUGACACGAGCAUACCGGAGACCCCGCCACCACCAACGCCAACCGGCGCCGUCGGCGUCGACGCGCCAGUUCCGCCCAAGCGGAAGACGAAGAGCACGAACGCAAAGGGAACCGGUAAAAAGCCUGAGACGGAAGAGUAACCGGUCAGUCCAAGUCGACAAUAACGGUCUCAAACAGUUCAGGAGUCCGACAUGGAAAAAACGGUUUUGGUAAAGUAUAAAGUAAAAAUUUAGUUAGAUACAGAGAUCUGAAAAUAAUUUGUUGGACUAUCAAAAUAAUUAUAUAGAACGUCCAAGCUGGUAUUGCUUGAAUGUUAACUUAAAACUAUUUGCUUAUUAUGCUUGAACGUCAUACUCGCUCCUACAUAAUUAUUUGACGGUCCAACAAAAUUAUUUUUAGAUCUGUAUGUAGCUAAACUUUUAGAUACUUCAGCAAAAUCAAUCUUUCCAUGGAGAGAUCGAUUGAGAGGCGAAGGUCCUCCAAAUAUUCGCGUUGAAUAUCAAGAAUAUAUAUUGAGGUCUCUGAAUAAGAGAAUUUCAAUCCUUUCGAGACCUCGAGUUCUUAGAAGAUUAGUAUUUUUGCGCAUAUAUUCCUUUUUUACGGUUUUCUUAAAAGAUUCCCUGUAAAGUGUGAUUAGCGAUCUCUGCUAGCCGCAAAGUAGUGGACGCGAAGAUUGUCGCGACAUAGUUUGAACACUGUCUCGAAAGGAUUAAAGAACGUGUUAGAAGAUCACACUCGCUAGUCUGUUACGGUUUUUCUUUUUUUUAUACUUUUAAUAUAUAUAUCUCGCGAGAGUUUCUAUAUCGUUGAGCUUCGAUACCAUAUUCGCCGCGGAGGUAUCGAGCGAUACUAAGAGUUUAA